AUGGCUCCUCUGUCGAUUGAUGGUGCUAUCUCCUCUCUUGCCGAUGCGUCGAGAAAAAUUCAACGUCGCAACGGUGUCAAAAUCCCUGAAGCAAAGCGAAUUGAGGAGGCUGUUGACCUAUUACGAAGUAGGGAACCCACAGAUGCCAAGGGGGCAAAGCGUCGAAGAAUUUAUCUGGAGUUUCUACAGAAAGUCCUGCAGGUCAACGGCGCUUCCAUGGUUAUCCUCUGUGUUGUUGGGCUUGGAUUAUCUGUGAUUUCCAUUGCGAAGGAGGAUGUGAGGCUUAACUUGCCAUAUGUGAUGAAAGAUGUGGCUGGACUCGACAAUUCUGUCUUGCACCGACUUGCGAAUCAGUAUUUUAACAGCGACGACUCUGCAUCCCAUCCACAAAUUGAGACAGGUUCUCAAGCUGCGUUGAUGGGCUCUCCCGAGUAUCAUGAACAGAACCCGCAGGAGACACAUCAAGCAGAUCCAUCUGCUCGAACUGAGCAGCUUUCAAUCCAACAAACAGAUAGGCAGAUUGAUUAUAGAUGUUCUGCAGCACGAGUCAGCGAAAUGCCACAGAUCGGCGACCUCCUCUUCGUCGCAGUCCAAAACAGUAACCAGUGGAUAUGGGAGCGGGUGGUAGGAGGAACGGCGAGGAAAACAACAGAUUGCUUGAAUGUCUUAGUCCCUGAAAACCGAAACCAGGACAUCACAAUAACCUUGCUCGUGGGUCAUGAAAAAGGUCUGGAAGUGAUUGAGAGACUUAAACUAGCAUCUAUGUGA